AUGCAACCACGUUUUUCUAACGAACCGGUAUUGACGGUCAAAGCAUGGAUUUUGCCGUCAAUUACAAGUAAUCUACCGCGGCAGGUAAUUACAGCUCAUGUUAGGCAAAAUUAUAACAAUCUAGCACUUGCCGACCCGGCAUUCGAUACGCCCGGUUCGAUCGAUUUUCUGCUGGGUGCUGAUUUAUACUCAUUAAUUUUGAAUGGCAAACGUAUUGUUGUACAUAACGAUCUUCCCGCAGCAUUCGGUUCGAUAUUUGGAUGGGUGCUCAUCGGUGGCGCUCCCACCACUGUCUCCCUGCCGUGUUUAAAUGUGGUAUCGUUAACAACCUCUUUAGAGACAAUGUUAGAUAAGUUUUGGCAGGUGGAGGAACCUGACGCAGCCCCAAUCGAUUUUACCAAUGAUGGAAAAUGCGAGAAAAUUUUCUGUGAACAAUGCGUACGGCUCCCGUCAGGCCGUUUUUCUGUACCGUUACCAUUUCGUUCGUUGUCUCCAGACAAACUUAGUUUUCCGGGAUCUCGUCAUUUGGCCCUUAAGCGAUUCGAAAAUUUAGAGAAACGGUUACAAACUGAUUCGAAACUACGUGCACUCUAUUGUGAAUUUAUGGCAGAUUAUAUUAAACUUGGUCAUAUGUCCGUAGCCUCUUCCCCGGGAUUGUAUUUUAUACCACACCAUGCUGUGUACAAGCCGGAAAUCGACCCUCGUAAAAUUCGUGUCGUAUUUGACAGUUCGGCUGUACCGUGGGGCGGAAGCUCAUUGAACGACUGCUUAUAUGCUGGUCCGAAGUUGCAACAAGAAGUUGUUGACGUACUUUGCCGUUUCCGUUUGCGCAAAUAUGCUUUUACCGCCGACAUUUGCAAAAUGUAUCGGCAAAUUUUGAUAAAUCCUGAAUACCGUAAAUUUCAACACGUUUUAUGGCGUUCUUCGUCGACUGAGGAACUUGUUGAAUAUGAACUUAAUACGGUGACUUACGGUGUCAACAGUUCGCCGUACCUGGCGCUGCGCGUGCUACAGUUUAUAGCCGACAACGACUGUAUCGACGAGCCUGCCGUUCGUCACGCGUUGCGCUAUCAAACGUAUAUAGACGACGUGUGUACUGGAGCGGAUACUGUAGAAGGCGCGUUGUCGUUACAGAAGGCGUUAAUUUCGGUGCUAGGGAAAUCAGCGUUAGAGCUAAGGAAAUGGUCAAGCAAUUGUAUUGCUGUUCUAGACGCUGUUUCGGUAGAACACCGUGCUGCGACGUCGUUGUCAUUCGAUGACAGUGAUGGGGGAGGAACAAAGGUUCUAGGACUUCAGUGGCACGAUGCCGGUGAUUAUUUUUAUUAUGUGCCCCGCAUAGAAUCGGUAGUUGUUACUACUAAGCGAGGCGUCUUAUCGUUAAUAGCCCGCUUGUUUGAUCCACUCGGCCUUCUGUCUCCCUGUAUUAUGUUGGCAAAAUCUAUAAUGCAACGAACCUGGCAACUGUCCCUAGGGUGGGACGAAAAAUUACCUGACGAUAUUAGUAUGGAGUGGUCAAAUUUUGUUGCGGAGCUACCGCUGUUGUCGCACAUUAAAAUUGCGCGUUAUAUCGGCGCGUGUAAAAACUCGUCGUGUCGGCUUCUUGGGUUUUGUGACGCGUCUCAGCGUGGCUACGCCGCCGUUAUUUAUUUGCGCGUCGAAAAUCCAUUAACUGAAUCGUCUAUUUUCCUUAUCGGCGCGAAAACUAAAUUAGCUCCGAUUAAACCACUUUCUAUACCCCGUCUCGAGUUAAAUGCCGCAGUACUCUUAGCACGUUGGUUAGGACGAAUUAAAUCCAUUUUGUCUACGGAUUUAAAUAUUAUCGCGACUCAUGCUUGGACCGAUUCGCUCGUGGUAUUAUCGUGGCUAAGUGUACCACAUGAUACUUUUAAGGCAUAUGUGUCAAAUAGAGUACACCAGGUACAAUGUUUAAUACCUGAGUGCUCAUGGUCCUAUGUAAACACAACCGUCAACCCGGCCGACUGCGUAUCGCGCGGGGUAUUGCCCUCUAAAUUAUGUGAUUAUACGUUAUACUGGCAUGGCCCUCCGUUUAUUUUAGAAGCGCCAGAUAGGUGGCCGUCGCGACCGUCGUUAUUGGAUGUAUCCGAUUCAUCUGAAGUCCGCAUUAUUUCAUUAGCUGUUCGCGCCCAGGACCCUCCAACCGAAUGGUCAACUCGUUUUUCUUCAUAUAAUCGGAUGUUACGCGUCAUAUCGUAUAUGAGGCGUUUUGCACAUAAGUGUCGCCACAAUGCAUCUCCAGCGCUCGCGAUCACUCAAGAGGAAAUCGACGCGUCGUUACGAGCAAUAGUGAUUGAUUCGCAACAAUGUUUUUUUGCCGCGUUAAAAAAUGAACUUGUAGCUGGAGUCAGUAUAUCUUCUAAACCUAUGGCACGUUUGUGCCCUUUUUUGGACGAUUAUGGGGUAAUCCGCGUGGGUGGACGUUUACGCCAUUCGUUGUUACCUUACGAGCAAAAACAUCCGAUACUUUUAGCUAAACGGUCUCAUUUAGCCAUACUUAUAUUCAGAUGGUAUCAUGAAUAUAGCUGUCAUGCAGGCCCACGUGUUAUGCUUACGCUAGCUACACGGCAAUUUUGGAUUUUGAGUGCGCGGGCCGUCGUACAUAAAGUUAUUAGUCGAUGCACAACGUGCGUGCGUUACGCAGCUGUAAAUCCGCAACCCCGGAUGGCUGACUUACCGUCUGCGCGUGUUACAGAAUGCCAAGUAUUUAGGCGCGUCGGAAUCGAUUACGCCGGGCCUCUUCAAAUGCGCGAAAUAAGGUUGAGAAAAUCACGUACUUAUAAGGUAUAUUUAGCCAUUUUUGUUUGUUUCACCGUUAAAGCGGUACAUCUAGAAGUCGUGACGGAACUGUCUACUGAAGCCUUUUUAGCGGCCUUCGAUCGGUUCGUCGCUCGUAGGGGCCUACCAGCCCAAGUUUUUUCGGAUUGUGGAUCAAAUUUUAUCGGGGCUGAUAAACAGCUACGUGACCUUAUAAAUAGCGCAACGUCUCAAAUUAAAAUAGCGGCAGCGACGCCCAUGUGUGAGUGGCAUUUUAAUGCGCCUUCGGCUGCACACAUGGGCGGAUUGUGGGAGUCCGCCGUUCGCUCAGCAAAGCGAUUAUUAAUACGCGUAAUGGGUGCUCAUAUGUUUACAUAUGAAGAAUUCACCACCGUCAUUUGCCGAAUAGAAAGCGUUCUAAAUUCCCGGCCGCUUGUACCCAGUUCCACUGAUCCGCAGGAUCUUGAUUGCCUCACACCAGGGCACUUUCUUAUAGGACAACCGUUACUUGCUGUUCCGCCGCGUACUGAACUCGACGCGCCCCGUUCGCUAGUUGACCGCUGGAAGUUGCUGGACCACUGUCACCAGGCUUUCUGGCAUAGAUGGUCAUCGGAAUACUUGUCCACUUUACAACAAAGAGCUAAAUGGUUAACUGAUCAACCAAAUGUUCGUGUGGGCGCCAUGGUCAUUAUUAAAGAUAAUUCGUGUCCCCCAUUGAUGUGGCGUUUAGGUAGAAUAACAGCAUUAAUGCCGGGACCCGAUAAAAUUGUACGUGUAGUGCGCGUUCAAACCGCCCAGGGCACAUUUGUGCGGCCUGUCGUUAAAUUAGUAGUUUUGCCCACCGAUCCUGAUGAUUCCAUACAUCCUUAA